AUGGCAAAGCUCAAGCAUGGUGCCCAUGAAUGUGUGCUGACCUCACCGGAGAUCAUAGCCAACGGCAUAUGCAACAUCUGCUUCAAGGACGAACCGAUAGAAUUCUCAUGUGAUCUUUGCAACUUCGAUCUCUGCAGACCUUGCUCCAAGCUACCACUCAAGGUGUCACAUGGUUUUCAUCCACAGCACCCUCUCGAGUUCUGUCUAGGCAACAGAGAAGGGAACGAGGGAUACAAGCUCUGCUCCGGGUGUGGUCAUUUGUUUUCUGAUCUGUCCCUUUAUUACAAGUGUAAAGACUGUGAGAUUUUCUUGGAUCUUGGUUGUGCCGUCCUGAACAACAUCGAAACGAGUUGGUACGCGGAAGAAAAGCUCCAUUACAGCCAUGCCCACUUGCUUAGGAGGUGUAAACCAGGACCAGACGCUAAUAAUGCUAAGCUAAGAUUUAAAAAAGGAUGUCAAGUGUGCAUGAAAGACAAUUUUGGUGACCACUCGUAUCAAUGCGUGGAAUGUGGUUGGAUGUAUCACUUCGAUUGUCUUAAGAUACCCCAGUCUGUUGUCAAGAAAUCAUAUCACAUUCAUCCACUUGUGUGUCAAAUAUUUUUCCCCGACGACGACGAUGAUUACGACUCUUUGGAGUAUUGUGGCGUUUGUGAGACAAGGAUACACGCAGGACUUUAUGCCUAUUGCUGCCUAGAAUGUGGUUUUGUUAGUCACAUUGAGUGCAUGUUACAUGAGGAAGUGCCUUCCCCGAUGUACUUGAAAGAUCUGUAUUCUCAUGGUGAAAAACUAAUAACAAGGCCACCAGCUGAUCACGAUGAUGAAUGUGAAACUACGGAAUUAGAAAACAAACUCGUGGUUAUUGAUGUUAGGCAUAAUCAUGUGCUGAAGUCUCGCAAUGUUACGGCUUCUCAGAUACAAUGCAAGAUAUGUUAUAGGAAAAUACAUGGAAGAUUAUGGGAAUGCGAUCAGACAUGUGACUUUAAGGCACAUGAUAACUGCGUAAAGCUAAGACAACAAUCGAGGUAUAAAUUCCAUUUGAGUCAUCCUUUGACACUUCUACCAAGUUUUCCUGCAGGGGCUAUUACUUUGAGAUUAUUGAGAUGUAACAUCUGCAAAGGGAAGAUAAAUUCUUUCAAUCUAUUCUGCCGCAUAUGCGACUUCAUCAUUUGUACGAAAUGCGCGGUAAGCGUUAAAAUGCGUCUUGGAGAAUUACAAAGGGGUCAAAAGUUCAUUAGGUACUAUGAACAAGGAAACUGCUUGAAAGGAGGACAUGACAUGGUUCAAGUUAUGGUCUCGAGUUCAUAUACGGUGGCUUGCACUAUUUGUGAGGACAGGCUAUGUAAUGAAAACAUAGUCUCCGGACUGUGA